AUGAAGUUCAAUAAAUUUGUAACUUUUUCGAGGAGGAAAAACAGGAAACGUCAUUUUACGGCUCCUUCUCAUAUAAGAAGACGUAUUAUGUCAGCUCCCUUAUCUAAGGAACUGAGGCAGAAAUACAAUGUUAAGUCAAUGCCCGUCAGAAAAGAUGAUGAAGUUCAGGUGGUUAGAGGACAUUACAAGGGACAACAAGUAGGUAAAAUCAUUCAAGUGUAUCGUAAAAAGUUUGUCAUUUAUAUUGAAAGAAUACAAAGAGAAAAAGCUAAUGGUGCAACUGUAUAUGUUGGAAUUCAUCCUUCUAAAGUUGUUAUUGUAAAACUUAAAAUGGAUAAAGACAGAAAGCAAAUUAUUGAAAGAAGAGCUAAGGGAAGAUUAGCUGCUUUGGGAAAAGACAAAGGCAAAUAUACAGAAGAAACUACUGCUAUGGACACAUCAUAA